CUAUUCUCUUGCACUUUAUAUUAUAUCUUCUCUGUUUACAAAUUACAUAUCCUACGUGUUUUUUCCCUUCCCAUAAAAAGUACUUCUUUUACAACAACUUUCCCACCUUUUUUUUGUGCUGUUUUGAAAUCUUUUAUUUUGUGCAUACCGAAAGAUCAUCAUCAAAUCAUAAUGGCCACAACCACAAAAUUAACAGAUGCCUUUAAAUCCCACCCUGUUCACGUCCCCGUCCACAAAAACCUAGAUUUUGACUCCUCCCAAGAGCUCCCCGACUCUUAUGCAUGGGUCCAACCCGCCAACCUCCCUCUCAUCGCCGAUCCGGACUCCAACUCUGACACCGUUCCCCUUGUUGACCUUUCUCUUCCUAAUGCUGCCCACCUUGUCGCUACUGCAUGCAGCACCUGGGGGGCAUUUCAAGUCAUUAACCAUGGCAUCCCCAGCUCUCUCCUCGACCGCAUCGAUUCUGCCGCGAACUCUCUCUUCUCCCUCCCGCCUGAUAAAAAACUCAAGGCUGCUCGCUCCCCCGAUGGUGUCACAGGCUAUGGCAUUCUUCACAUCUCCUCCUUCUUCCCCAAACGUAUGUGGUCUGAAGGCUUCACCAUCGCCGGCUCCCCUCUCGACCAUUUCCGCCAAUUUUGGCCCAAUGACUACACCAAAUACUGUGAUAUGAUAGAAGAAUAUGAGCGGGAGAUGAAGAGUCUAUGUAAGAGACUGAUUUGGCUGGCCUUGGGGGAACUAGGGAUAACCUGGGAGGACGUGAAAUGGGCUGACCUAAACGGGGAUUUCCAAGGGAACCAUUCGGUUGUCCAGUUGAACUCGUACCCGGUAUGUCCGAAUCCCGAUCGAGCAAUGGGUCUCGGGGUCCACAGCGACACCAGCCUCCUCACGGUGGUGUACCAAAAUAAUACUAAAGGGUUGCARGUGUUACGGGAGGGGAACCGGUGGGUGACGGUAGAGGCGGUACCUGAUAGGUUGGUGGUCCAGGUGGGAGACCUGCUCCACAUUAUGACAAACGGGUUGUACCCUGCUGUGCUCCACCAAGCGGUCGUGAACCGAACGCGGAAACGGCAAUCCGUUGUGUACGUAUUUGGGCCACCAGAAAGCGCUGAAAUCUCACCACUCAAGAAGCUUUUGGGUCCAACCCAGCCCCCUCUCUACCCCGCAAUCACUUGGUCCGAAUACCUCGGAACCAAGGCGAAGCAUUUCAACGACACACUUUCUUUCAUCCGCCUACCCGCUCCUUUCAUUGGCCAAUCAGACGUCAAUGAUAACAACAGUGUCAUUGUGGAAUAGCUCCUCCACUCCCUUCCCCUAUCCCCUAAAUAUAAAUCGAGCGUUAGCUAGCUUCCUCCGUUUUGACUAACCUGACUAUAACUCAAUUGGUUAAGACAUAUAUCACCGACUAAAAUGUUGUGAAUUUGAAUCCCUACUCCUAGACGUUAUUGUACUAAAAAAAACUUCCCCAUUUCGGCUAACUAUAUAAAUAUAAUGUAAUUAAGCCAACUCAGGGAAGUAGGUGUUGUUUUAGGGAAAUUUUUCUUUUAUUUUGUUGUUUUUUUUAAAUAGAGGGUUAAAUAAUAUGAGAGUGGGGAUGUAGUAAGUAAUAUCAAAUCUAGAGAGUGUGUGAGUUGUGAUGUCGUUAUUUGUUUUGUUGUGUAAGUUUAGAUUAGACUUCUAUGGAAAAAAAAAACUUUAAAUGAAAUAAUAUAAAUAUUUGCCUACUUCCAAAAA